AUGUCGAUAUACAUGAUGUCGGGCUCACAUAGUUCCUACACGCCACCAUAUCCUCAUCAGUACUAUUCCUCCCUGCCUCCGCGGCCCCAGGAUGCCGCCUUCAAUAGCCCAGUGCAAAGUUCCGUCAAGGCCUUCAACGUCCCAGUCUCUGACCAUACCCUCGAGUACCGAAUUCUAGAGCUGCUACAACCUUUUCGGGACACCAGCAGUCUCUUGAACGCCACUAAUGAAGCCAAGAACGUUUUAUUGCUGGCUCAUCUGUCAGAAAAUAUCGCCUCCAUCAUUGUCAGCAAACAGUCCAAGGAUCUCUCCAAGGCGGGAACAACCGAUGUGUAUAUCAUGAGCCGCAACUUGAACACCACCGCAGUCAACGGUACCGCAGCCAGCGGUCCGGCGUAUCUCCGCAUCUUCUUCCAUAUCGACUACCAAUCGAUUACAGUUGUUAAAGCGAAGAUCGAGAACGGGAAGAACGCGAUCGGUGCGCUUAUCGACGAGGUGGACAAGAUAAUCGAGAGCCUCAUGGAAGAUUCAUAG